CCAACCUCUCCUCCCAUCUCAUUCUUUCCUACAUGGGCACUCUGAUGGGUUUGCAGACAGCUCAGUUUGCAGACUGAAGAGAGAACCAAGACGAACACUGGGAUCACGUAAGGAAAUCGUCAAACUACUCUGCAAAGAUCUCCAGAGAUUUCUCAUCCUCUAACAAACUUUAAAAAGCAAAAUAAGAAAGUUACAAUGGCGACACCCAAAAACACUCCACGAGGUGCAAACACACCACUUUCUCCCAACCGGAUCACCCGUCUCCAGGAAAAGGAGGACCUCUGCAACCUCAACGAUCGACUGGCCGUCUACAUCGACAAGGUCCGCUCUCUGGAGGUUGAGAACGCCGGGCUGCGUCUGCGCAUCACCGAGUCGGAGACAGAGGUCAGCCGGGAGCUGACGGGUCUGAAGGCCGCCUAUGAGACGGAGCUGGCAGAUGCCCGCCAGACACUGGACUCGGUGGCCAAAGAGCGAGCACGGCUGCAGCUGGAGCUGGGGAAGCUGCGAGAGGACCACAAGGAGCUGAAAGCCAGGAACACUAAAAAAGAGUCAGAACUGGGGGGAGCCUUGCAGAGGCUCAAAGACCUGGAGGCUCUGCUUAAUUCGAAGGAUGCUUCCUUGACUACGGCUCUUGGAGAAAAGCGUAACCUCGAGGUGGAAAACAGGGACCUGAAGGCGCAGGUUGCCAAGUUGGAUACCAGCUUGGCCGAUGCCAAGAAGAAGCUGCAGGAUGAGAUGCUGAGGAGGGUGGAUGGAGAGAAUCGCAUCCAGACUCUGAAAGAGGAGCUGGAAUUUCAGAAGAACCUCCACUCUGAGGAGCUGCGGGAGAUAAAGAGGCGUCAUGAGUCCCGCAUGGUUGAACUGGAUAAUGGCCACCAGCAGGAGUUUGAAUGCAAACUGGCCGAGGCACUGGCGGAUAUGCGCAACCAGCAUGAGCUGCAGAUUAAAAUGUACAAGGAUGAGAUCGAGAAGACCUACAACACCAAGCUGGAGAGUGCUCGUCAGUCAGCAGACAGGAGCAGCCACCUGGUUGGGGCAGCACACGAGGAGCUCCAGCAGAUCCGAGUACGCCUGGAGUCCACGUCGACUCAGCUCAGCCAGCUACAGAAACAGCUGGCAGCUCGUGAGGCAAAGAUCAGGGACCUCGAGGAUGCUCUGUCGCGGGAGCGGGACAGCACGCGUCGCCUUCUGGGUGAGAAGGAUCGAGAGAUGGCAGAGAUGAGGCACCAGAUGCAGCAGCAGCUCGAUGAGUAUCAGGAACUCCUCGACGUUAAGCUGGCCCUGGACAUGGAGAUAUGCGCCUACAGGAAGCUGCUGGAGGGAGAAGAGCAAAGACUGCGUCUUUCGCCCAGCCCUCCUCCUACCAGGGCGGCGGGAAGUCGAUCCUCUACUUCUGGAGCUCUCUCUCGAUCUAUCCACCACAGCGCUCAGAACUCCCCUGCUAAGAGACGUCGCCCUAACGACACCGACAGCGAGGCCUCCAGCUUCGCCGGUGGAGCCGUUUCCCGCACUCGCAUCACCCAGCAGGCUUCGGCCAGUGGACGUGUCACUGUGGACGAGGUGGAUCUGGAUGGGAAAUAUGUCAGACUCAGCAACAAAGCUGAUGAGGAUCAGAAUCUGGGGAACUGGCAGGUGAAGCGGCAGGUGGGAUCUGGCACUCCCAUCGCCUUCAAGUUCCCAGCUAAAUUCACCUUGAAGGCUGGUCAGAGGGUGACGAUCUGGGCCUCUAAUUCUGGUGGAACUCAUAAUCCUCCAUCUGACCUGGUGUGGAAGAAUCAGCCCUCCUGGGGCACCGGAGACCUCUUCCAGACUACUUUGAUCAGCACUAAUGGAGAGGAAAUGGCAAUGAGGAAGGUCACCCGCACUCACCUUGAAGAAGAAGAUGAUGACAUGCAGGUGGCUCACAGCACCUGUGGGGACGGCGAGUACAACCUGCGGAGCCGGACGGUCGUGUGCGGCUCAUGCGGACUUCCUUCAGAUAAAUCCAGCAACUGCUCCGUGUCCUCUGCUUCCCGCUCCUUCCGCAGCGGAGGCAUCUCCGAGGGUUUACUGCCCCACUCCUACGUGUUCAGCACGAGCACACCUCGCAAGACUGGAGGCAGAAUGGAGAGCUGUCCAAUCAUGUGAAGCCCUGGGGCCACUACACUACAUUUUCUAUAGCUUCUUAGGUAUCAGUUGUUGAGUUAUCUGGUAUAGUUUUUAGUUCAGUUUAUGUACUUUCAAUUUAAUUUCAAGUUAUUGAAUGCCAGAAAAUUUUAUACUGCUUUUUAUAAUGUACAUAUGCAUGAAUAAGAAUAAUUUUCCAGAGCCUAAAGGUUAAUUGGGGUUAGCUUUGUUUGUUUUUUUAUAUUAGGGACAUUUAAGGUUGGAAAAUGUAAAACAGUUACUUUAACAUUCAUUCGUUUUAAAAACUUAAUUCAAAUUAAUUUCAUUAUACUCUAUAGACACUCUGACACAGCGGGGUUGUGAUCAGUUUACAAUUUUACCAAAAUUGAAAACUUUUUUUUUCUCAUUAAAUCUUCUUACAUGGUGAAGGUAAAAUGAACCCAACCUUGCUACAGAUCUACAGAAUAUUGUCGGGUUUUUUUUUUUUAUUAAAAUGAAUA